UCAUGGCCUUGCCUCACCUCCUUGUCCUUCGCUUAGUAUGUUGAAGGCCAAAAAGAACCUUUACUAGCCUGGCAAACCCCACUGGACAGUAUGAUGAGGGUAUAUUCCAGACUGCAUCAGCUGUAGUGAUACUAAAACACUUCUCAGGGGGUGUUCACGGGGGUCUGUGCUUUCUAAGUGCUGUUACAUAUGCGGCUGAUGGAAGGAAUAAACGGAAAAUGUCUUAAGAUGUCACCUUGUGGGCAGAGAUCCUCUAACAGCCGAAAUAAUGAUUCAGCAGGGCCUCCUUCUCAUGUCUUAUUUGCACGCUGGUCAUCUCCGACCCUGCUGCAUUUGAAUGAUUCUCCCCAUUCCUCCAUAAAAAGGCCAUUUUCAUCUCUGCUUCUUGGCUUGCAGUUCCUUCAUGUCUGUCCUAUCCUCCACUUUCUUGAUCUGCCUUCCCCCUCUUUAUCUCCACCUCCUUCCCCUUUUCUCCCCCCCCGCUCCAAUCCUCAGGUCCGGCUCCAGCUUUGGGACACUGCCGGACAGGAGCGUUUUCGUAGCCUAAUUCCCAGCUACAUCCGUGACUCUACCAUUGCCGUGGUUGUUUAUGACAUCACCAAUCUUAAUUCAUUCCAGCAAACCUCAAAGUGGAUUGAUGAUGUUAGAACAGAGAGAGGAAGUGAUGUGAUUAUCAUGCUUGUUGGGAACAAAACAGACCUGGCGGAUAAAAGGCAAGUUUCUGUUGAGGCGGCAGAGAGGAAAGCUCGUGAGCUCAAUGUGAUGUACAUAGAGACCAGCGCCAAGGCUGGCUAUAACGUCAAACAGCUGUUCCGUCGAGUUGCUGCUGCAUUGCCUGGGAUGGACAGCACACCAGAGAAAAGCAAAGAGGACAUGAUCGACAUCAAACUGGAGAAACAGCCAGAGAUGACUGUCACCGAGAGCAGCUGCUCAUGCUAGUACACCUCACCCUCACCCAGCCUGUCUCCUCCCCACCAACAGCUUGUCUCUCAGUGGCCACCUCUCCACCCUUGGCACACUGCCAUCGGGAUGGAGGACCUGUCUAUUUUUCUUUUUUCUUUUCUUCUUUUGUUUUUCCCGUCUCAACUCAGUGACUUUUCAGAGUAACCGUGUGGAUGUGCAUUACUGUAUUGAAACAGAUUAUCUGGAAAAAAAAUGGUUAAAAAGUAAACAUUUAAAACAAGGAAUAAGUUAAAUGAUAUGUUCAGAUUUUCAUCCAGUUGCAUGGCAUUAUAUAGGAUUGCAGACUGACAUAGCUAACCGCUCAUGAGUUCUUGCACAGUUCGGAAUCUUAGUGCUGUUACUCUUGUCAUUGUUGUAAAGUAAAACUGCUUGAGAUUAUUUAAAUGACUCUGCAAGGUUGACUUCUCGGCCCAAUGUAUUUUACUUUUUCUAUUUUGAAGGGAGAGUUUGCCUGAAACUCUUCUGUCUCUCAGAUUGCUGAUUAUUUCUUGACUUUGUCUUAUUUUGAGGAAGUGGAGACAGGAACUUACCAGUGAAUUUACACCAUUGUUAACCCUCACAUGACCACACCAGGCUCAAAUGGACCCUUUUCAUUGAAGAGGCUCGGUGGUCCGCUCAUUAGGUAUUGUUAAGACCUAACACAUCUGUAGGCUUAAACUGGCAAAUCCAACAGUGUGUUAGUAGACCAAAUGUUCUCAAUUCGAGACCUUAUUUAAAACAGUGCUGUAAAAGGGAUGUGUAACCAAGUAAUGAGGAAAUAAAUACCUUCUUUUUCAAAGCGAUGCCAUCCCAAGUUCAUUAGAAUGGCUACUAACCCGAAGCUAUGUCUGCAUUAAAACUUAAGCAACUAUCUUUCCAGUGUUGUUGAAUUAGCUGCACGUAUACUAACACGUCUGAGGAGAAAUUUUCAGUCAUUAGCCCCUAAUGUAGGAAACCGAGAAAAAGCCAGUGUUUAGUUUUUCCACGCUGAUGGAAAGUUGCCACUUCGGUCGCUAUGACGUACCCACCAUCUCAUUGAUAACUUGUGUUGAUUACACUAUUGCAACAACAUGCAGCAUGCUCACCAUGCAGGAUUUAUAUGGAUAAGAACACAGAUGCCUUGCUUGUUUGUUCACCAACGUUGUGCACUGAAUCAAGCCACAAUAUUGUAAAAUAUAAAAGAAGCCUGCUGACUGGUUCAUGGCUUCACUAGUUGUUUUGUAGAGCUGGUAGGUAAGAGUUUGUCCUCAGAUACAGCUGACGCUUACUAACAACCCUUGCUGUAAAAAGUGCAGUAUCUUUUGCUGUAUUGCCAUUGCCUGUGUAGGACUGUUGGUUUUAUGUGUUUUAUUUAUUUUGUAACUUGGACAUACAGAUAACAUUGUAUGCUUGACCAAAAGUACAGAUGCUGACACGCAUGUUGAAAGUUUAUUUUAUUUAUUGUUUGCGUGUCUGCUGGGACUCCACCUAAAGGCAACAUUUAGGCCCCAGUCAAGUUUUUUUUGUUUCUUUUUUCAUAUCACACAGCUAGAAGUGACUUUUUGCAUUGUGUGUACUCUGUAACUUGGUUUACAUGUCUCCAGACACACACACACACACACACACAGUGUAACACAAACCAACUAACUAGCCAUAGCACAACAAAAGACACUGGUCGUUUGCUGUAGCUUGUUUUGAAAUGUCAGCGUUUUAAAAUGGAUUUCAAAAGUUAAGUAUUUACUUACAUCAAACAACCAUUUUAACAUGAGCAGCUCUUCUAUUACUUGUCACUGACUAAAUACUCAGCUUUGUGCUAUUCUGAAUUGUGUCUGUCCAUUUGAAAUAUGCUGUCUACUCGUGUUUAGCAACGUUUGUGUGAAUAAUGUACUAUUGCUAUCUGAUGUAUAAAAAGGAGAGUUAAUGAAACACAAGUGUAGGCCUAUCACAUGGAAUAAAAUAAAGAUA